AUGCUUCGCCUUUUCUGGCCAUUGUUCUGGGCUACGGUAGUGGCAGCCGUAUACGAAUAUGAUGGAGGUAAGUAAAAUUAUUUUAAGUAGUUUCUCAGUCACUUUUGUAAGUAUUGGAAGCAUAGAAAGUUUCAAAAAUUUCAAAAAUAAAAAAUUGAAUAUACAAAUUUUUGGAUUUCAUCCAUUUUUUUUUGAUGUCUCAAAAAAGUCUCAGUAUUUCGAUAAAAUUUCUAACCCAAUUACUUCACCGUGCUGCAAAAAGUCGACUUUUAACAUGCACAGUGCAGCUUUCAAGUCGACAGACGCACUGCACUGUGCGAAUUUUCGUUCGCUUCAUUGCACAGUGCAAACAGCCAGCGACGAAGAUCGCACCGUGCAGGCGAAAAAGUGAACCCCAAAAUGUGCACGGUGCAAACUUUAAAGCCAAAAAAAAGCUUCCUUGCACAGUGCAAGCAGCCAGCGACGAAGAUCGCACCGUGCGGCGUAAACAACAACCCCAAAAGAUGCACAGUGCAAAUUUUUAGGCCAAAAAGAGUGCAAUGUGCGCGUCGCGGAUGAUUUUAUUGCACAGUGCGAAACUCCGGCGACAAAAUUAGUUGCGCGACGCUCCUUUCGAACAUUUUGCACUGUGCAAUUUCUCAAACUUCACGCCGACGCCGUUGAGAAAAGCUUGUGUCGCAGCGAUAUUGUACUUGCACGGUGCAAAAGGUCAAAUGCAUCCCACAAAAAGGGGUUUUGUGCACGGUGCGGCUUGGGACAAAGAGUCUACACACUUUUGAAAAAUCGUAAUCCUUAACCUCAUUCACUUUCAUUAUAUCAUUCAGAGGUUCCGACGAUCAAAAUAAAAUACUCGGAAGACAAGGAUGCCAAGGAGAGCACUGGCCUUUUGACCAUGGCCACGGUUGAUACCCUUGUUCUCUCAAAAGAAUGCGCUAAAAAGGACACUUGCACACCAUACGAACAUACCAGCUAUUACGAUAAAGAGUAGGCAAAGGUUUCCGUGUCAUGACAAAACAAUUUUGUGGAAAAAAUAAUUUUUAUUCAAGUCCUGAAUACAUAUUCUAGCAUCAACAAGGACAAGAAAUCACGCACUAUCUCAAUAGACUAUCUCAAUUACAAAUUGAAAUGCGGUCUGUACACGGCGCGUCUUAUUUUUGGAAAUUACAAUAGUGACUCCGCUCCAAUCUACGCCGUGGAGAGUGUUGAAAACAACAAGUUGGAUCUGCCACAGGACGCUCUGGUUGGGCUGGAAUUUGGAGACAGCCUUGACAAGGGUUUUGCCAUCAGUAGCUUCAUGGAAAACGCCGGGAAUGGCAAGAAAGUAAUGAUUUUCCGAACCGGACCAUUCAUUCAGCAAUUGGUAAGUUUAGUUUAAAAAAUUCUGCACUACGCGAUAAAAAAAAAGUUUCGAAAUUGCACUGUGCAAUUGUUUGGAAAUCUAAAAAGUACAGUAUUUUUGUAUGUCUCACAGCAUUCCGAAUUAUUUUUGCCGCCGACCGGCGUCCGAAAAAAUGAAAAAAUGAGAUUUGCCUCUUACAUUUUUACCAAUAUCUCGCUAGCCUCGAAGUGUAACGCGAAUCUGAAAAUUGCGUUUACAAGCUGACACAUUUGCCCUUCAAAAUAUAUUAAUUUUGUAAUGAUACUUAUUAUGUACGACAAGGAAACCAUUGCUGAAAAAUGGCAAAUUUCAACAUUCAAUGCCAGAAAAAUGUACUUUCUAAGUGCCAGAUCACAAAAUUAUGGGCUUCAUUGUAUACAGCAUCUUGAAUACUAUAAGAUAAAACAAUUUCAAGCAUUUUCUGGCCCGAUUCGCAGAGUUAUAACCGAAAAACUGCAAUUUUGGCCUUCUUAUUGAGCUAUCUGCACUUUAAAAGUAGAUACAAAAAAAACAUUUCUAUGAUUUUUGUUGCCCAGGUUGUGAUGGACCACUGUGCAAAAUCUCAGCUUUCCAGGACUCCUCCGAAAAAAGUUAUAACGGUUACAAUAUGUGACCCUUGUAUGCCCAAUAUUCUGUAAAAUACAGCAAACCAUGGUAAAAAAUAGCUCUAUAUGACCUAUGUAAACUUACUCGAAACCUAAACACUGCCUCACAGAGUUUUCCGCACAAGAGACACGAUUUCAAGUUUUCGCUAUACUAAUGCGAAAAGAGUGAAAAGUUGGGGCAUAGCUGGGAAAUUUUUUAAUGUGGUUGACCGUGUAUUUACGGUAAAAUUUUUAAACUCCGGCCAACGCAGCGGCAACAAUAGGAAUUCCAUCAUACAAAGCCAUCUUGCACCGUAGUUUACCGUAUUUUACAAAAUAUUGGGCAUACAAGGGUCACAUAUUGUAACCGUUAUAACUUUCUUCGGAGGAGUCCUGGAAAGCUGAGAUUUUGCACAGUGGUCCAUCACAACCUGGGCAACAAAAAUCAUAGAAAUGUUUUUUUUGUAUCUACUUUUAAAGUGCAGAUAGCUCAAUAAGAAGGCCAAAAUUGCAGUUUUUCGGUUAUAACUCUGCGAAUCGGGCCAGAAAAUGCGUGAAAUUGUUAUGUCUUAUAGUAUUCAAGAUGCUGUAUACAAUGAAGCCCAUAAUUUUGUGAUCUGGCACUUAGAAAGUACAUUUUUCUGGCAUUGAAUGUUGAAAUUUGCCAUUUUUCAGCAAUGGUUUCCUUGUCGUACAUAAUAAGUAUCAUUACAAAAUUAAUAUAUUCUGAAGGGCAAAUGUGUCAGCUUGUAAACGCAAUUUUCAGAUUCGCGUUACACUUCGAGGCUAGCGAGAUAUUGGCAAAAAUGUAAGAGGCAAAUCUCAUUUUUUCAUUUUUUCGGACGCCGGUCGGCGGCAAAAAUAAUUCGGAAUGCUGUGUGUCUGCUAACUUUUCGAUUUUCAAAAAAUUACGGUAUAAUUUUUCUUCAUUUCACCAUUGAGUCAUGGUUAUUUUUCAGAAAAAAAAAGAGAUCAAGACCGCGAAAGGGAAGUUUGAGAUCGGUGAGACAACGCUCGCUGGGUGUGGCAACUUCACAAUGAUACCUACAAUCGCAAAUAAAGGAUGGAAAGCCGCGGCGACGUAAGGCACUGAGAUUUUAGGCCUUAACCGAGAGAGUCAAAGUCUAGUAAUUUUCAAACAAUAAUUGAGAUUUUUUGAAUGUACCCAAAGAUUUUGAUAUUCCUAUAAAAAAUUCAUACCCGACAUACUCCACAUAUCAAUCUCCGAAAUUUUUUUCGAUUUGCAGUUAGUGACGUGACACCAGUAAUCGCGGAAAGUCGCCGAACCAAAAUCGGCGACACGCACCGUGCGAAAACAAUAUCAGUCUGUCGGGAAAAUAACGGCGGAUCGUCGCGCCUCGGAAUCGCCCAUCAUCGCUUUGCGACGACUGCCGAAGCUGGGGAUUUGGUGCGCGAUAGAGACAUUUUGAUGCGAGACCCGCCGUUAUUUUCCCGACAGACUGAUAGUUCUCUUUGCACUGUGCAAUUUCUUACUUUUUGCACCGUGCAAUAGGCUUUUUUUUGGCUGUCGCUCGCAGGAAUCCUUCGAUUGCGACCCCGCUUGAUUGCGACCUCGCAUCGAUUGCGACCCCGCAUCGAUUGCGACCCAAAAUGGGGUAAAGCGACCCCGGGAUGAAAAUUCCUUGAUUCUCUUCGGGAAAAACUUGCUUUAGGGGUUUUCGAGGGUGCUGAUUUCGAAAAUGAUGUUCAUUUUUCCUCUAGUAUUACAUAGUACUGUCUGAUACUAUAUAGUACGAAGUGAAAAUAUCGCUUUUGACGUUAAAUACUCGAUUUAGGGGUUUUCGAGGGUGCUGAUUUCGAAAAUGAUGUUCAUUUUUCCUCUAGUACUACAUAGUACUGUCUGAUACUAUAUAGUACGAAGUAAAAAUAGGCGUACUAAGCACCAGAACAACACCACGAACGCCUAAAAGGCCAACUUUAACCUCGUACUACAUAGUAUCAGAUAGUACUAUAUAGCACCAAGUCUUUAAAACGUGUUUUUGAAGAGUACUAAGCAUCAAACCAACACCAUUAACGUCAAAAGCGAUAUUUUGACUUCGUACUAUAUAGUAUCAGACAGUACUAUAUAGCACCAAGUCUUUAAAACGUGUUUUUGAAGAGUACUAAGCAUCAAACCACCACCAUUAACGUCAAAAGCGAUAUUUUCAUUUCGUACUAUAUAGUAUCAGACAGCACUAUGUAGUACUAGAGGAAAAAUGAACAUCAUUUUCGAAAUCAGCACCCUCGAAAACCCCUAAAGCAAGUUUUUCCCGAAGAGAAUCAAGGAAUUUUCAUCCCGGGGUCGCUUUACCCCAUUUUGGGUCGCAAUCGAUGCGGGGUCGCAAUCGAUGCUGGGUCGCAAUCGAUGCGGGGUCGCAAUCGAUGGAAUUCUCGCUCGCACCCUACUUCGCACAGUGCAAAGCCGCUGGAGUGGUUUCUGCGACAUGCACUGUGCGAAAACAAAAGUUCUCUUUGCACUGUGCAAUGUCUUCCUUUUUGCACCGUGCAAUAGGCUUUUUUUGGCUGUCGCUCGCACCCUGACUUUUUUCGCACAGCGGAAACUCCAAAAAUUAGUCCGGCGACUUUUCGGAAUGACGAUUUUGGGAAAGAGCACGUAAAACGAGGGGAGUCGGUUGGGAAAGGCAUUUGUUGGUUCAUACGUUUGAAACUCAAGAAAAUCCUUUUUAGAGUGACAAUUGGAGGCACCGAAUAUAAAACAAAGACCAUUUCCUUCUCUUUUGACAAACUGAUCACCGUGCCUACCACAAUAUACGACGCCAAAUUCAAAGACAAAGGCGAAGCGGACCUUCCCGAAAUUUCCAUCAAUUUUGGCGGUGACAAUAACUUCACCAUCGGCAAACUAAACCUUCAGAACUACGGCGACGACAAGCACGAAAAGCUGGAAGUUCUCGUUAAAGACGGAGCCCCCGAGGAUGAAAUAAUUUUGGGGAAGAACUUCCUCAGCGAUUACUGCAUCGGCUUGAAAUCGAAUGAUGAACAAAAUAAGUUCGAGAUAUGGCUGGCGCCUAUUACCGAGAAGGGGAACGACCCACAAUGGGAAGAAUAUGAUGAUGGAAAUGGCGGUGGUGGCCAAGGCGGAGGCGGAGGUGGAGGCAAAGGUGGAAAAGGAGAUGAAAAGGGCAAAGGCGCUUUCACCGCAUCGUGCUCAGUACUCUUGAAUGUCCUCAGUGCCUCCAUUUUGGCUUUUUUUGCAAGACUUGCGCAAUAA